AUGGUGGAAGACUUCUCUGUCGGUUGGCAGACGGCUCUCGGGGUAGGCUACGCGGUUCUCCUGGCGGUGAACUAUGCUUCCUUGUCCGGCAAGAUAGGCCCCACAAAUGCGAAGAUAUCGGGCGCCUAUCCUACGCAGGUUACUCCUGCGAAUUGGGCCUUCAGCAUUUGGGGGCCUAUCUUUCUCCUUGAGGGAGCUGGUGUGGGUGCAGUGCUGAUGGGCGGAGUCUCUGCCGAGGUUGCCAAAGCCGUAACACCGUCUUGGUUUGCCACCUGGUUUUUUCAAAACGCGUGGCAGCUGAGCUUUAUACGGCUGCCGCUGAAGAAGCCCGGCGACGCCGCUACAGCCGAAAGAUCCAAAGGCUUCCGUGUGCUGCUCCCCUGCGCCGGCUACCUGGUCGCCGCCCAGCUCUCGAUGCUCUCCGCUGGCAUCCGACUUCGGCAGAUCGAUGUUGAAGGAUCCUGGCUCCAGUCUGUGGCUAUCGACUUUGCCUCCGGCUUGAAUGCUGGAUGGCUUGCGGCGGCCUCGGGCAUCGGAAUUGGGCAGGCACUGGACCUCGUGCCUUCAGGCAGCCGAACAUCUCCGAAGCUCAGCUCAGCCUUGGUCUACUCCGUGUCUUUCUACGGCCUCCUGGCCGCCGCAGUGGUCGGCACAAAGCCCAUCCAGGGCUUCGGCUUGGGCUACGCCCUGGCGACGAUGUGGGCCCUGACUGGCAUCAGAGCAAGCCCAACCUCGCCUCCACAGGUUAAGAGCAGCGCCUAUGCAGGGAGGCUUCUGGCCGCGUUGGGUGGCCUUGCCGAUCUCGAUGACGUUCUCAUCGAAGAGCUUGAAAUGCUGGAGGAUGCACCCAAGGAGACGAAACAGUGGAAGAUGCAAGACCUUUGUGAUUUGCGGUUUGGCAUGGAGGAGUCUACUCUGUCGAUGCUAGUCCAAGUUCCCCUAGAGCCUGCCGUCUGGCGGGAAAUGCAGCGCGAGGAAGGCAGCUCGGAGCUUUUUGCCCUGGACGUUCCCUUUGGAGGUCAGCAGGUCAAGUUCUGGCUGAAGAGUGAUCCAGAGUCCCCCAUCCUGCAGGGGAAGCUUGGCGGAUGCGUGUGGAGACGAGGCUGCAGGUGGCAUGUGGAGCAAAAGAGGGGCCGCCCGUUGCUGGAGCUUUACAUGCCCAAGCAAACGCCAGAGCCCUGGUCCUUCGUCGUGGAAGGCUACCACAACCUCAGUCGCACUGCGUACGAUCCGUACCAGCAGAUGAUUUUGGAUGGGCUGUGGGACGAUGAGGCGAUCGAAGAAAAGGCCAAGGGCGACUCGUACUUCAGGGAAGGACAGUACCGAGCCGCCGUGAAGUGCUACGAUCGGACACUGGAGCGCAAUCCAGACAGCUACAUCACGCUCACAAACCGGGCAGCCGCACGCCUGGCUUAUGAGACGGAGAAGUUCAAGCUGGAGGAGAUCCUUGAGGAUGCACAGCGGGCUCUGGAGAUCAAUCCCACGUGGCACAAGGCCAAGUUCCGGGAAGGCAUCAUUCUGACCAAGCUCCACCGCUACGAGGAGGCACUCUGGGCUCUCCAAGAAGGCCAGCGCAUGGAUCGCACAAACCACCAAGGUUGGGACGAAGAGAUCAGCAUUGUGAAAGAGGAGCGAGUAUCCUGGCACAACAGGAAGAAGAAGUCUUAUCUUAACGACGUGGAGUGA